GAGGCACUGCGCCUGCGCACGACCAUCCCCAUUCUUGUCCUUCAGCCAGCAUUCCUGCCGCUGCUGACAGAACCGGAGAACCGGAGGAACCGGAGCGAUUUGAGGCCGCAGACCGACUCUUCCCCCCCCAGGAACGGACACCGAGCGUCCGGGGAGCCUGCGGCGGGUUACGGACGUCUCUGGGCCGAUGCAGGAGGAGGACAUGGCGCCCUGAGCCGACCCUGGCCUCUGUGUCCGGUCCGGUUCUCGCUGCGCUGACGGAACCAGAACCAGGAAGCCGACCCGGUUAGGAGGAACAGCGAGCCGGCGCGGUCCAGAACCACGCAUGCUGCAUAGCCGCCGGUUCCAGAACCACGCUGCGUCUGACCCAAAGGCCCGGCCACCAGCCUCGGUGUGAGCUAGCAGUGGGCGGUCCUCCCGGUCCGGGUCAGAACCGAGCCAGAGGGAGCCGGUUCCGGCUGGGUCCAUGGAGCCCAGCAUGGAGACCUGCCUGGCCCAGGUCCUGCAGAAGGACGUGGGCCGGCGGCUGCAGGUGGGCCAGGAGAUCAUCGACUACGUUCUGGACCAGAACAAGUCUCCGGACCUGGAGCAGGACCAGACGGCGCUGGACAAGAUGGUGGACGGCAUCGCCAGCUCCUGGGUCAACUCCAGCAACUUCAAGGUGAAUCUGCUGGGCUUGGACCUCCUCUCAGCCCUGGUGACGAGGCUGCAGGACAGGUUCAGGGCUCAGAUAGGAACAGUUCUGCCCAGCCUCAUCGAUCGAUUGGGAGACGCCAAAGAUCAGGUUAGGGAGCAGGACCAGGCUCUGCUGCUGAAGAUAAUGGACCAAGCUGCCUCUCCUCAGUACGUCUGGGACCGCAUGCUGGGAGGCUUCAAGCAUAAAAACAACCGGACCAGAGAAGGAGUGUGCCUUUGUCUCGUCGCCACGCUGAACACGUACGGAGCUCAAGGCCUGACGUUAAGUAAGAUCGUUCCUCACAUCUGCAACCUGCUGGGAGAUCCCACCAGUCAGGUCCGAGACGGCGCCAUGAGCUGCUUGGUGGAGAUCUACAGACACGUGGGGGAGAGGGUGAGGCUGGACCUCAGCAAGAAGGGCCUUCCUCAGUCCCGGCUGAACGUCAUCUUCAACAAAUUUGAUGAGGUCCAAAGAUCUGGGAACAUGAUCCCAUCUUCUGGCUCAGAUAAAAACUUUGAGGAUGAAGACUCCGUUGAUGGAGGCAGGUCCUCCUCCUCUUCCUCCAAAGUGCCCCCUAGUGGGAGGAGGACGCCGGUCAGCUCUGUCAGAAGACCCAGCUCUGCUUCUUCUGCAAAGUCCACAGGUAAGGAAGCCGGCGCUGGAGCUGUGGAUGAGGAGGACUUCAUCAAAGCUUUUGAAGACGUGCCGUCGGUCCAGAUCUACUCCAACAGGGAGAUGGAGGAGCAGCUGACCAAGACCAGGGAGGUUCUGUCUGAUGACAAGCACGACUGGGAGCACCGGGUUGUGGCGCUGAAGAAGGUCCGCUCCCUCAUCCUGGCCGGAGCCACCGACUACGAAGGUUUCCCUCAGCAGCUGCGGCUGCUGGAGGCUCCGCUCAAGCUGUCGGCCAAGGACCUGCGCUCCCAGGUGGUCCGUGAGGCCUGCAUCACCCUGGGUCAUUUGUCUUCAGUGCUGCGGAACAAGUUUGACCACGGAGCAGAGAGCGUCAUGCCCACCCUGCUGAACCUGGUACCCAACAGCGCCAAAGUUAUGGCCACGUCUGGAAUGGCUGCUAUCCGCCUCAUCCUCAGGCACACCCACUACCCACGUCUCAUCCCCAUCAUCACCAGUAACUGCACCUCCAAGUCUGUGGCUGUCAGGAGGCGCUGUUAUGAGUUCCUGGAUCUCAUGCUGCAGGAGUGGCACACAAAUACGCUGGAAAGACAUGUCGCUGUUCUGACGGAGACCAUCAGGAAAGGAAUACACGACGCCGACUCUGAGGCCAGGUCCAUAGCCAGGAAGUGCUACUGGGGUUUCCAUGGUCACUACAGCCGGGAGGCCGAGCAUCUGUUCCACGCGCUGGAGUCCACCUAUCAGAAAGCGCUGCAGUCUCACCUGAAGAGCUCGGACAGCGUCGUGUCUCUGCCGCAGUCGGACCGCUCCUCCUCGUCUUCACAGGAGAGCCUCAACCGACCGUUCUCUGUGAAGAGCGUCAUUGGAGGCAGCAUAACGAGAAGUAAACUGGUCGGUUCCAGGGUUUCCACCACGCCAGGCUCCCUCCAGCGGUCCCGUAGCGACAUCGACGUGAACGCCGCCUCCAGCGCCAAGUCUCGCCUGUCCACGGUCCCCGCCUCCUCGCCGUUCAGCGCUGCAGCCGCCCUCCCCCCGGGGUCCUACGCCUCUUUAGACGGCGCUCCGGGUAAGACUGAUGGACGAGUGCGGACCAGAAGACAGAGCUCAGGCAGCGUGGGCGGAGCCAGUCCGUCCGUGGUGGACAGCAGGGGGCGCAGUCGAGCCAAAAUCGUCUCCCAGUCUCAACGAUCCAGAUCAGCCAAUCCCAUCAGCGCCGGCAGCCGCUCCAGUUCUCCAGGAAAGCUUCUGGGCCAGAGCUACGGCCGGGUCUCCCGGGCCGCGGCGCCGGCCGCCGGCACGCCGACAGACCGCCGCAGCAGGAUCCCCCGCAGCCAGGGCUGCAGCCGAGAGAACAGCCCCAGCCGCCUGGGCCUCGCCCGGAGCCGCAUCCCCCGGCCCAGCAUGAGUCAGGGCUGCAGCCGCGACACCAGUCGCGAGAGCAGCCGGGACACCAGCCCCGCCCGGGGCUUCGCUCCUCUGGCCUCCCGGCGCCACUCCCGCUCCACCAGCGCUCUGUCCACGGCAGAACCGGGCCCGUCAGAUCGCUACGGUUUGAUUCACCAGGCGAGGAUCUCUGCGUCGGUGAACGCCAUGCGGGUCCUGAACACCGGCACCGAGGUGGAGGCGGCCGUGGCCGACGCUCUGCUGUUGGGCGACUCCAGGAACAAGAGGAAGCCGCUGAGGCGGCGCUACGAGUCGCCUGGCAUGUACUCUGACGACGACGCCAACAGCGACGCCUCCAGCGCCUGCUCCGAGCGCUCGUACAGCUCCAGAAACGGAGGCAUCCCUCACUACCUGCGGCAGACGGAGGACGUGGCCGAGGUCCUGAACCACUGCGCCAGCUCCAACUGGUCGGAGAGGAAGGAGGGCCUGCUGGGUCUGCAGAACCUGCUGAAGAGUCAAAGGAUCCUCAGCCGGGUGGAGCUGAAGCGACUCUGUGAGAUCUUCACACGAAUGUUUGCAGAUCCUCACAGUAAGAGGGUGUUCAGCAUGUUCCUGGAGACUCUGGUGGACUUCGUCACGGUGCACAAGGAGGACCUGCAGGACUGGCUUUUUGUCCUGCUGACGCAGCUUCUGAAGAAGAUGGGUGCAGACCUGCUGGGCUCCGUGCAGGCCAAGGUCCAGAAGGCUCUGGAUGUCACAAGGGAGUCGUUCCCGUUCGACCAGCAGUUCAACAUCCUGAUGAGGUUCAUCGUGGACCAGACCCAGACUCCCAACCUCAAGGUGAAGGUGGCCAUCCUCAAGUACAUCGAGUCUCUGGCUCGCCACAUGGACCCGACAGACUUUGUGAACUCCAGCGAGACGAGACUCGCCGUUUCUCGCAUCAUAACCUGGACCACUGAACCCAAAAGCUCUGAUGUGAGGAAGAACCUGCACAGCUGGGCGAGCGAGGAGCUGGCCGGCUGGUCCGGCUCUGCGGCACUUCUGUCCGCUGAGGGUAACCUGGAGGAAAGGUGUAAGCAGGCGGCCCAGGUGGUUCUGAUCGCGCUGUUCGAGCUCAACACGCCCGAGUUCACCAUGCUGCUGGGAGCGCUGCCCAAAACCUUCCAGGACGGCGCCACCAAGCUGCUGCACAACCACCUGAAGAACUCCAGCAACGCCAGCAGCAACGUGGGCUCUCCAAGCAACACCAUGGGCCGGACGGCGCCGCGCCACGCCCCCAGCAGAACCAGCCCCCUGACGUCUCCCACCAACUGCUCCCACGGAGGCUUGUCCCCCAGUCGGUUGUGGGGUUGGGGGGUCGACGGGCCCUCCAAGCACCCCCCGGCCCCUCCUCCACCCCCUCCGCCUCACUCCACCCCUGCCGCCCCCUGCCUCAGAGCCCUGCGCCGAGCCUUUUCUCCCAGCAUGAUGGAGUACGACACGGAGAACAUGAACGCCGAGGAGAUCUACAGCUCGCUGCGCGGCGUCACCGAGGCCAUCCAGAGCUUCAGCUACCGCAGCCAGGAGGACCUGAACGAGCCGCUGCGGCGGGACGGCAAGAGGGACGACGCGGUGGGAAGGGAAGGCGUGGCCCCGUCUCCAGGUUCCGAUGCCCGUCUGGGUCCAGAGGCGGUGGAAGGCGGCCGGACCGCCCUGGACAACAAGACGUCGCUGCUGAACACGCCGUCGCCGCGCUCCUUCUGCGGCCCGCGGUCCCGCGACUUCUCGCCGUACGGCGACUCCGUCUGCAGCUACGACAAGAGCGCGCUGAAGGAGGCCGUGUUCGACGACGACGUGGAGACCUUCCGCGACUGCCAGCGGCAGGAAGCUGGUGAGAACAAGACGGGUCUUCCUAGAAGCGUGGCUCCGGCAGUCGGUGCGGACCACUCCGACCUGCUGGCCGACCUGCUGAAGGAGCUGUCCAAUCACAACGAGCGCUCCGAGGAGCGUAAGGGAGCCCUGGUGGAGCUGCUGAAGAUCACCCGUGAGGACAGCGCGGCGGUGUGGGACGAACACUUUAAGACCAUCCUGCUGCUGCUGCUGGAGACGCUCUGCGAUAAAGACCACACCAUCCGGGCCCUGGCUCUGCGUGUGCUCAAAGAAAUCCUGAGGAACCAGCCGGCCCGCUUCAGGAACUACGCUGAGCUGACCAUCAUGAAGACGCUGGAGGCCCACAAGGACUCUCACAAGGAGGUGGUCCGAGCGGCGGAGGAGGCGGCGUCCACGCUGGCCGGGUCCAUCCACCCGGAGCAGUGCAUCAAGGUUCUGUGUCCCAUCGUGCAGACGGCCGACUACCCCAUCAACCUGGCCGCCAUCAAGAUGCAGACCAAAGUAAUCGAGCGCAUCGCCAAGGACUCGCUGCUGCAGCUGCUGCCGGACAUCAUCCCCGGACUGCUGCAGGGCUACGACAACACGGAGAGCAGCGUGCGUAAGGCCAGCGUCUUCUGCCUGGUGGCCAUCUACUCUGUGAUCGGAGAGGACCUGAAGCCCCACCUGGCCCAGCUCACGGGCAGCAAGAUGAAGCUCCUGAACCUCUACAUCAAACGGGCCCAGACCACCAACAGCAACAGCAGCAGCUCCUCCGACGUCUCCUCCCAUAGUUAAUGAGCGCGCCUUCGGACCCGCAGAACCAGAACCCUCCCCUCCAACAUUCCCCCGGUUCUGCUGUGCUCCUGAGGUGGACCAGACCCAAUCCUCCUGCAGCACCUUCUCUUCCUCUGGAGACCUCAUUGUUUUCCCAUCAUGCAACUCACCUGCGCCGCGUGCAGCGAUGUCAUGUGGCCAGAACUUUGGGAUGGAACCGGACCGUGGUUCGCUGAAGCCUGUGCUUUGAUUGUCUUUUUUAUGAUGACUUGUCUCCUGGUUCCGUGCAGACAGAGAUUGGACCUUCAGAACGAGACGCUGCAGACCGUCACCGUCCGGAUCGCGACCCGGAGACCCGGUUCAGACCGAGCCUCCGCGUCUCGUUCACAGACCGCAUGGUGCCGGUUCGCUGCGUCUCCGGGUCUGAGCGUGCUCAGGUCCAAUCAGCGCAUCUGGGUCAAGUUCUGCGUUUUUAAAUGUGUCCAAAGAGAAAAAAGAUCCGCUUCACGUGAACUAAAGAUCCGUUAAAAGAACUGCAGGCUCGGAGGUCGUGAUUGGUUCAGAGUGCUGACCCGCUAACCGAUUGGACCAGAAGAGCCGGGUCACUGACCCAACUGUCCAAUCACAGAGGUUCGGUUCCUUAGCUGGAUGACCAGGCAGCAGUUGUUCGGAUCCCAGGUUCUGGGUCCGCUGCUGUCUCCUGGUGGGCGGUACCUCAGGAGGAAAGCUCUGUGAUUGGUCCGUUCCUGACUCUGUUCUGCAGCUGGUUCUGGUCGGACUUCCUUAAGUGACCAGGAAAGGACCAGGUUUAGUUUAGAAGAACCAGCCCCGGGUCUGGUUCUUCUGGAGACCAUGUUCAGCUUCUGUUUGGACCGGAACCACUGCGGAGCUCAGAGAAGUCCAAACUCUGGUUCUGUACAUAACGUCGAUGGUGUUAACUAACUUUUUGCACGUUAGCUUGCAUGUGAGCAGCAGCGCCGGUGGCUCCGCCUCUCAAAGUGCACUUCGUCACAUUGGCCGGGUUCUAGUUCCUGAAGAGCGACUCCAGAACCGUUUGGAGGAAUGGGCCGGCAGCUUUAAACUGGACCCUGCCCAGAACUUAGUGGAAACGUUCUGCUGCUGAUUCAUGAUCCCGUUUACUUUCAGGAAGUCCAUCAUGUCUUAGUUCUGGUCGACAGUGAGGAGGUCCGGUUCCAGGUCCACUUAGCAGGAAUUCAUGUGGGAACUUCUGGUUCGGUACUGAAAUGGACCUGAGCUCUUCGGCCCGCCUCACUGCUCGUCGUUCUGGAAGAAGAUCUGAACGGUCCGGCCGGCACCAGAACCUGCUCACCGUUUGUUCCUGCUGUAUUUAUGUUUUAUUUAAUGAGGUUUUAUCCGCUCCUGGUCAGAACCGGUCCAGAAGUCGCUGGUUUUGGUUAAAAUCCGCCUGAAAUAAACCGACAUGAAUUUAAACUUC